AUGGAAGGAGUUACGCUGUUAAUACUCACCGCCAUCAUCUAUCUUGUCAGUGGAAAAUGUCAUUAUAACUACAGCAGCUUCUUUGAAGGCUUUGUCGAUGGAGCUCCUAAAGAUCUUGUGCAGCGUGUUGAGGAUUUUCUUAAAGUGAAACUGGUAUGUUCCCAAUUAAUUGUACUGAAGGCUAAAGUUGUUGUUCUUGGACUGCUAUAG